UUAUGGUCUACAGUCUUCUGCGCGGACAUCCUUACCGCCAUUUCUUCUGCUGUCUCUUUAUUCCAAACAAGAUGUCUAAGUCUUCCCAAGCGGGAUCGUCGCCUUACAGCGAGUACAUAAGCAAGGCAGAAGAUAUUGCCGAUCAGAUCCUUCGAAACAGCAAACACGUGCUUCCUCAUGUCGCGCGAUUCUGUUUGAUUUCGACUUUCUUCGAAGAUGGCUUUCGUAUGUGGUUCCAGUGGGAUGAACAGCGUGACUACAUGGAUCAAACGUGGCAUUGUGGAACAGUCGUCGGAACCUUGUUCGUUUUCUUCAAUUUAGUCGCCCAGUUAGCGGGUUGUGUAAUGGUGUUAUCCCGGCAAAAAGUGGAAAUCGCCGUGGGAAUGUUAUCUUCUGUUAUUGUAGUCCAAACUCUCGCAUACAGUAUCUUGUGGGAUUUCAAAUUUUUGCUCAGAAACCUUGCUCUUGCUGGUGCCUUGUUACUUCUCUUGGCUGAAUCUCGGUCUGAGCAGAAGAGUCUGUUUGCGGGAGUGCCGACCAUGGGAGGGAACACCCCUAAAACAUACCUUCAACUAACUGGUCGCGUUCUUCUUGGUUUCAUGUUUGCAACCCUGAUAAAGUUAAGAUUUUCUUUCGUCUACAUCUUGCAAGACGUAUUUGGUACAAUUCUGAUGGUCCUUGUGGCUGUAGGGUACAAGACCAAACUUGCGUCAUUGGUGUUAGUGCUUCUUUUGGCCAUAAUCAAUGUUUAUCUGAAUCCUUGGUGGAUGUACCACUCCCAGUCACCAUUGAGAGAUUUCUUAAAGUACGACUUCUUCCAGACCACUUCAGUUAUUGGUGGUUUGCUCCUAGUUGUUGCCCUUGGCCCUGGUGGAGUUAGUGUUGAUGAUUAUAAGAAGAAAUGGUAAAUACAUCAAAGGACAUUAAAGUAUACAAUUUUUUUUCCCUAUCAAUGCAAGUGAAGUCUAAAACUAUCUGGAUUACAAACUAAAGACGUAGCUUCUUUAUACUCCUUUAUAAAGCCUUGCACUACAUUUGAUACAUGUUAGCCUUGAAUCUGGCAGUAUAUCAUUAGUUGAUGCGCAAAUCUUUCACUAAAUUUGAAUUUUUUUUAAAUUCUGUUCUACGUGUGUUAGAACUGUUGCAAGAAAUUAGAAUUGUAGCCAUGUUAGAGCUGUAUUGCCAAGGUUCCAAUCUGCCUCUCAGUGUACAAUUUGUUGAGGCAUAUUGUAACAGGUACUGUCAUUUCCUUUUAAUUUUAAAACUAGGAGAUUUACGUACAGAAGUGUAUUCUUAAGUUGUGUUUGGGUAAUGAUUGUCUGUCAGUCACAGCUCUCUGUUUACACUUCAGACCUAAAUACAGAGUUAUAUUUUCCUUCUUCUGAGGUGUCUUUGAUGAGUAAGUUAGAUUAUUGUUUUGCUUUGAAAUCUAUUAGUCAUGGAGUUUGCAAGUUUGUCAACAGACAAGAACUGAAUUUUUUUCAUAUAUAUUUUUGUUGUUUCAGCACAGAUAACAUUUACUAACCCUGUGUGGUUUGUCAAAAGAUUUGCCUUUACCCUUUAAAUCCCUGAAGUGAUUCACAUGAAACUUCUUCCAUUAAUAUUCAUACGCUAUCCAGCAAACAGGUAUUAGAGUACUCAAAUGUAUCAGGUAGAAGGUUUUAUCCAGAUCUAACACCAAAUUCUAUUAUUUUAUUUACAAGGAAAUGUGUAGUCGCCAGAGGGGAGAAUUAACAAUCUAAUCUUAGGAGUUAAAGGGUUAAGGCUGAAGUGGUUAUCUUGGUGGGAUUUGAUUAACUGUUUGCAGAAGUAACUUGUAGUUUAUUAUUUAUUUUGCAACAAAUCUAUGAAACAUGAAUCAGUGGAAUAUUUUUCUAGCAGAAUUACAAGUGAUAAUUUUGUAGUGGUAGACUCUCAAAAUGAACAUUCAACAAACCCUAACAAAAGAGUUGUAGACUGUAAACUUAAAAAGAGUGCUGGUUUUGAAAGUUACUCUGAUUGAAUCAUGGUGUGAUCUAUUGGCAGACUAACAAUUUAGGAUUUAAAAAAAGUGCUGUGUAGUGUUGUGUGCUCCACAAUAACAUAGUGUGUCAGAAAGUUUUCAAUGAGAACUAAAGUUAAAUACUACAAGUGUUUGUCUACUUAUUAAUAAGAAUAUGUCUCCAAAAGAUAGGAAGGAAUUUGUUGCUAGUUAUGCUCGUAUGAAUACAGCUUCCAGUUUGCUUUCCAAUUUUAAGAGUUAACUCUGAUAAUAGUCCAUUAACCCAUUAACUCUCAUGAGUGACCAAGACAGUAUUUCUCCUUACAGUAAUAAUACAAUAUCAAGCAGACAGAUGAUGAGAAUAAAGAAAAAUACAAAUUUAGGAGCUGAUCAGUUGAUCCAAUACUAAAUUAUCCUAACUAACAUUAUAAGAAUUGUAUGACUUACAGUAAGGAGAAUUAGUAAUGAAAUCUUGGGAGAGAAAAGGUUAUAAUCAGUAGAGAGUUCAUCUAGAUACAAUCCAUGGCUAGAGGAAAUUCAUUGUAGAACUCAUCCUUCCUUAUUAAAAUUGUUUCUUUAAAAUUCUUUAUUAAUUCAAAAGGUAGAAGUAGAAGAUAACCUCUUUGAGAUCUUGAUUUGUUGAAGGAUAUAUUUUAUUUUUUCAUACUCUGUAUUCUCUUAAAGAGAGAGAAAUUUGCAAUUUGUUUGCUAUGAAUAAUUAAAUAUUAGGUCUUAAACUGCUUCAUUGAUGGAAAAUUUAGCACCCAUAUUGAUCAAUUGUAAUUAUCACAGACUAUAGAAAUAUCUUGUAGAACAUCUCUUACACUGGUCAGAUCAAUUUAAUUCUCCUUCAAAACAAUCAAGAAAGCUAACUCUGAAAGUUGUAAGGUUACUAAUAAACAUAAUUUAUAGUUUGAUUA